CUACACUCGUUCAGUUUACUUAGAUUAUUGAGCUGUUUCAUCGCGUAGUCUCCAUUUUCACUUUCUUCGAUUAAGACUUUUUCCCACUGCUGCUAAGACAUAAACAUAAUGGAAAUUGGAAUAGCAGAAGUUUUAGUAGGAUUUGGUUUGUUGAGCCUUUGCGCGUAUUACUAUCUAACGUUGAGUUUUAAUUUUUGGAAAGAGAAAAACGUACAGGGGCCUACUCCAUCAUUAUUCUGCGGAAACUUUAAGGAUGUUAUACUUGGACGGAUUAAUAUGUGUUUAGCGGUGAAAAAAUACUACGAUGAAUUAAAAUCUGAACCAAUAGUCGGACUUUUUAAUUUCAAAAAUGCGCCUUUGGUGAUGGUAAAAGAUCCAGAUUUGAUAAAAGAUGUAAUGAUCAAAGAUUUCAACGUAUUCUGUGAUCGCGGAAUGUACGUUGAUGAACACGAUGAACUCACUCAACACUUAAUUAACCUACCGUACGAAAAGUGGCGUCCACUCAGGAACAACUUGUCGCCAGUUUUUACAUCAGGAAAACUACGUGACAUGUUUUAUUUAAUGGCUGGUUGCUUGGAUCAUUUCGAAAAGUAUCUAGAACAAGUAGCGAAGACAGGAGAACCAACAGAAUUUCGAGAUUUAACUGCGAAAUUCACAAUAGAUUCUAUUGGGGCUUGUGCAUUUGGAAUUAAUACGAAUGCUUUGGACGAACACAGUGAAUUUCAAAAACAUGGACGAGAUUUAUUCGCAACUAAUAUUUCGAAUGUGGUUCGACACUUACUUCGAGAGAUAGCUCCUAAAUUUUUAAGCUUAUUAGGGCCUUUUAAAUAUACUAAAGCCAUAAGAUUUGUGGUAUCUUCAAUGAAGGAAACUAUGGAUUAUAGAAAGCAAAAUAGCAUUCGAAGAAAUGAUUUUGUGGAUUUACUAAUGGACUUGCAAAAUGAUCCAGAGAAAGUUAAAAAUAUUGAAUUUACCGACUUAUUUUUAAUAAGUCAAGCUUUAGUAUUUUUCGCUGCUGGUUUUGAAACGUCAUCAACUACAAUCAGUAAUGCUUUGUACGAAUUAGCAAUCCAGCAAGAUAUUCAAGGAAAACUUCGAAAAGAAAUAAGAGCAGAAAUGGAGAAAGAUAAAGGAAAAGUGACUUAUGAUAACAUCAAAAGAAUGAAAUAUUUGGACAAAGUAUUUAAAGAGACAUUGAGAAAAUAUCCUCCUGGAAGCGUUUUACAAAGGAAAGCUGGCGAUACAUAUACUUUUAGUGGAACCAAUGUAACAAUACCAAAAGACAUGAAAGUUUUGAUUCCCGUAUGGGCAAUACACCGCGAUCCGCAAAUUUAUCCAGAUCCGGAUAAAUUCGAUCCAGAACGGUUUGAUGAAGAAUUUGAAAAAAGUAGGCAUCCAAUGAAUUACUUACCUUUUGGAGAUGGUCCUCAUAAUUGUAUAGGUGCACGAUUCGCUAAUUACCAAACAAAGCUGGGUAUUAUUGCCGUUAUUAACAAAUUUAAAGUGGAUGUUUGUGAGAAAACGUGUAUACCCUACGUUAUUUCAGCACGAUCGAUUGUGCCGACUCCGGUCAAUGGAAUAUAUCUUAAUUUAUCAAAAAUAUCGAAUUGAGUGAUAGAUACAAGUUAAUUUUUAGUAUUUUAUAACUGAAUCUACUCUAUCGUACAAUAGCGAAAUCGUAAUAUGUUUAUUUAAUGCACUUUUGUCGCUGGUGAUAUAUUUUUUAUUGUAAAAAGAUUAUUUAUAUAUUUAUAUAUUUUUUGUAUUUAAUUCUUAAUUCAUAGGUCACAUCAAGAAGUAAAGAUACUAAUUCUGUUACGCAUGAACUUGAUUUGAUUGUUUUGUUCCACUAAAUUAUGCUGCGGCAAGAACGACAUACAUAAGACUAAAUAGAUUUUUUAUGUAUUCUUAAUAAUAAUUUUAUAAUAAUAAUAAGAUCUUAUGAGGAUAUAAAAAA